CUGAAGCAGUGACAUUUCGCUUGUCUGUUGUGUAUGUUUUCAAACUAGUAAUUUGGUUCUGGCAUGUUUUCAUUGUCAGACGGGUACCAAAAGUAUUAUAUCAGUGCAGUAUAUAGCUUUAAUCAAUCGUGUUGCAUCAGCGGCUAAAUGUGAUCGCGAUAUUAUAUUUUGUAAUGGAAACGGCGUUUUUUGUAGCAAAUACAUUCUCUGUACCUGACAGCUACAUAAAAACAACUACUGUAAGUGAUCGUGUACUUGUGGCGGUACACCAUUCAUGGCUACACUCUCUGAUAAGGACGCACCAACUUCCAGAAUUUAUUGUGCAUGAUGUUCUACUACCGGAAGAAGUUAAGAUUCUCUUGGAGCAAGGAGAAGAUCUUGGUCCGCACUGGAAGAAAAUAUAUGUUAGAAUUUUGCACAAACAAACACAAAAGGUGAUACCUCUUCCUCGAGUAAGGGUAGAGAGCUCAAGUUCGGAAACUGCUUUAUCAUUUUCUCAGCUCUUACACUAUGUUGCACAGACAAAUUUCAAGAAUCUGUGGAAAGAUGCCUUCAAAAAGUAUUUUAAUGUAUGUGGAGCUGUAUCAAAUGAUGGUAAAAAUGCAUCUAGAAUCACACUUACAGAUAGUGAUGCAGUCAUGCGUGAAGUGAUAUUACGAACAUUUGGUUGCCCAAUUUUUCGCCUUGAUGAAGGUUUUAUUGAUGUGUAUAAUGAAGAUGGAAAGAAAUCAUUUGAAGUUCACUGCAAUAUCUUGCCAGCACUAUGUGCCGUGGAGACACCACAAUGCUUUCUACUGAUCCAGGAACCAUACAUAAAGCACACACUACAAGACUGUGUUACAUUCAGUCCAGCAUUGCUUGGAACAUCUCACAUCAAGCCUCUUUUUAUAAUCUACCAACUAUUGCAAGCAAUGCGAUCAAUGCAUGAUCGUGGCCUUGUGCUGGGAGAAAUUGCACUAAGUGACAUCCUUAUAACUGAGAAUCUUUGGAUACAGGUAAUGCCACGACUGGAAGAUAACAUCAAUUGUGAUCCGUCUUCUAACGUUGGAGAUGCAGAGAAUGAAAAUAUGUUCAGUCCAAAAAUUCAAAAUGUAGAACUGGUAGCAAAUGAUCUCAAAGAAGAUAUAUCAGCACAGAGCAAUAUUAGGCCUCAUGAGGAAGUGAGGGCGCACCAAGAAUACUUCCAGAGAUACUCAAACCCUCAUAACAAGUUUAUUCCCAAGACUGAUACUGACCAUAAAAUGUUGGACCAUAAAAGCAAUAAACAAAAGCUUGAAAAAAUACCUUUAGAGAGCUAUUGCGAACAAUGGAUUAGAGGGCAGCUAUCUAAUUUUGAUUAUUUGACCAUCUUAAACAAUUUAGCUGGUAGACGCCAUGGGGACCCUGUCUGUCACCAUGUUAUGCCAUGGGUAACAGAUUUCACCUCUCGGACAGGUUCCAACUGGCGUGAUCUGACACGUUCCAAAUAUAGGCUGAAUAAGGGAGACAGGCAGCUGGAUCUGACGUAUGACACAGCCACUGGGACAGCACAGGUGCCGCACCAUGUUUCAGAAGUUCUCUCUGAAAUAACAUACUACGUGUACAUGGCACGGAGAAUACCAAAAUCCAUUCUCUGUAAAUACGUCCGCCCAAAAUGGGUCCCAGCAGAAUACCCUUCAUCCAUUCAGAGGAUGCAAGAAUGGACUCCUGAUGAAUGUAUUCCUGAAUUCUUUUCUGAUCCUACUGUUUUUGAGUCCAUCCAUGAGGAUCUUCCUAACCUGGAAAUUCCAUCUUGGGCAACUUCUGUUGAGGAUUUUAUUGAAAGACAUCGUGAUAUACUGGAGAGUAAUCAUGUCUCUGAGAGGCUACAUCACUGGAUAGAUCUAACCUUUGGAUACAAGUUAUCAGGAAGUGCUGCAGUGAAGUCGAAGAAUGUGUGUCUUCACCUUGUUGACAGCCAUAUGACCCUUGCACAAACAGGUGUAGUGCAGUUGUUUACACAGCCACAUCCAUCACGGAUUUGUGCGUCUCCAUACUGGGGAAAGACUCCACCCAGAUUACAGCCAUCACAGAGGGAUAAAAGGAACAAGAAUGUUGACCGUGCGAGUGAAGAUGAAGGCCACAGUUCAGGAUUCGAAGAAGAUGAACAGUCUUUGUCUCAGGGUGGAUCAAAAUCAUCACCACUUGCACUUAAUAAACUUUUGAGUCGAUCUAGAGGUUCACUGUUGGGCUCUUUUCCAACAUCUUCACCUGAUGAAACCUGCCCUCAGCAAAAGACAGGAGCUGGAAAUGGUGCUGCCUCCAUUAUGCUUCCAAAGGACUACAACCCAGUAGCUGCUAUUCAAAGUGUUGAAUCGAUGUACAACUUCCUUAACAAGACUCUGCACAACAGCCCUAAAUCUCUGAAAGAAGAAUCUCCUUGUAUUGGCAGUGGCAUUGGCUAUAAACAGAUUGUAGCUUCAAGAAGACUACAUGAAAUGGAGGUUCUGGGCUGCAUAGUGGUUGAAAUGCUGCUUGCUCAACAACUAAGACCUACCAGCAGCAGUGAACCAGUUUGUCCCAUGUUCAGACUUGAAAUAUGUCGUGCAGCUUUGUCACGAGCUGCUGACAUGUUACCACGCAAUGUGAGGCAUGCAAUAUCAUUGUUGCUCAUGGAAGAUACCAUGAGAGACUCCUGUGGGCGGCGGCCUGCAGUAACAUCUCGUGGCCUUCCGCCUCCAUCUGCUCACCAGCUGUUGCAGCCACUGUUAGCCCACUGUGCCUUCCCAUUUCCAGCACACUUUUUGACUCUCACAAAACUUCUCUGCCGUCACCACGAUUUCUGCAGCCUUGUUAGGGAAAUGUCAUUUUUGAACCUGCAGGAGACUGUUGAGCCUGACAUUGCUGAGAAGAUAAUGAACUUUAUUACUGAAAUAAACAAACUGAAAGUCAAGGUAAUGAAACAAGAACUGACAGUUCUACUUCCUGAAAUCUCAUCUGUUUCGCAAGAAAGUCUUGAAUUAAUUCUUCCAUACAUCAAGGAACUUAUGGAAGAUCCAGAAACAUCAGUGCUGGCAGCUUGGAACCUUUUUGAUCUUGUUGCAAAACAUCUUGGGCCUAAGCACACCUCUAAGUUUCUGAUGCCAUCGAUUCUUAAACUGUAUGAGAAUGGCACAGAAGAUGACAGUGAGCAGAGCAGCAAACAUGUUAAACUAUACCAUCACAUUUUUCUGCUGCAGUUAAUUGUUCGUCUAGGACUCAAAACGUUCCUUGAGAAUUUUGUGAGUCCUUUGGUGGAAGCCGUUGGAGGCUACAGAGAUUACUACAGCCGUGAUGGAGCCUCCUUUCAGCAGGGUUCAGAUCUUAGAAAUGCAACAUCUUCUCUUAAAGGCUGUGAUUUUGACGACAGUACUGUAGUGGGUGUGCUUUCUCCAUUGGAUGAAGACUCUUCAGGUGACUCUGAAAAAUCUAAGCCAUCGAGUGGUGACAAUGUUGAGCAGACAGGAGAAACAGAGAAAGAUGUGCAAAAUGGUGCUGAACCAGAGGUCUUUGUGUUUGAAACAGGUGAAAAAUCAUCACCUGAUGACCCAGAAACUCCUUUGUAUCAUCUCAUGGAGCAUCUUGACUUGGAGUUGCCUGACCCUGCAGCUAUUGAUGAUGACGGCUCCCUAGAAAUAAAUUUUCAAGAAGAUGAGACUGUUCAUGAAGCAGCUGAAGAAGAUGCCAUUGAGGUUUCAGAAGAUUUCUCUGAUCCAGAAUUCCAUGCAGCAGACGGUAGCACUGUUCAUUUUAAUACUCCAGCUGCAUUUUUAGAGUCUAAAGACAUUGAUGUUUCUGAAAUGGAACCUGCAGCUGAAGAAACUCCAAACAAGACAAAUGAAAUUCAGCCUCUUCGGAAGAAAUCUAAUGCUCAAUUUAAGGUAUCAGACAUGAGUGCAGAAUCUGUCAUAUGGCUCUCUCACCGGCUAGGCCCGGUACUGACAGCACGUCAUCUCUCACGAAAUUUAUUACGGAUGCUGGCACUGUGCUAUACAGGGUACUCCAACAUGGCUCGUGCAGCUCCACCCACAGCUGAAAUGGGUACUCUCAGCAUUGCUGAGGGACAUGUUCAGGGUGAUCAUAGUGCCUGCAAAGUCUUGGACUGCUUAACAUCUAUAGCUGCUUUGUAUGGGGAACAGAUGAUUGUUCUUCAGUAUCUUCCACAUAUGAGUGAGUUAAUAGCACUUUGCAAAAGGAAACUUACUCCAAAUUUAGAAGGUGGUGUAGUUGGGAGCCUGGCACUACUCAGACAUAUUGUUCCAUUCCUGUCUGAUGCUGUUUUAAUGGACCAGCUACAGGAUGUUAUUUUGAAAUCUGUGCUAAACCCUGUUGUCAGACUUUUAUCAACAACACGCACAGUAUUUCCAUCUGGUGCAGCAGCACGUUCAGCUGUUGCUCGGAAAUUUGCUGAUGCCAUUUAUGUUGUUGCAUUGAGGAUCGGUCAAGAGAUGUCUCGACGCCAUCUAGCAGUACCUCUGCUGCAGAGAUUUUUUCUUGCCUUCGACAAAGCCUUCAUGCGCUGUGCUCUCGAUGAUUCAUUACAGGGUGCCCAGUCUGUGAAUUCAUCUACAAAAGAAGCUGCUACAAGGUCUGACAAUGACAGUGAGGGCCCUGACAUAUCUAUUGGAGCUGAAAUGCGUGGGAAUCUGCUCAACAGAGUGAAGGAGAAUGAUUUUACAGAUUCAUACUCUCCCCCUCCAGCUAUUUCUUCAGAUGGAGAGCAGUUGCUGGAGCAAACCAGACACCAGGCGAUGGAAGAGUUAAAAAAAGUAUUUGUGCCAGAGUUAGCACAUAGAACAUAUCUCCCAUUGCUAAGAUUCCUUGGUGAAUCAGUUAUGGCACAGUCUCUGAAGAACGAGGAAUUUAUUAGAAGUCUGUGUUCUCAGGCUGAACAGGAGAGUCAGCAACAGGCAUCCCCUGUGGGAAUUGUGGAAGACACAAGAUGCUCAUCUGACCGGUUGUCUCCAAGUGGGACACAGGUGGCAGAGAGGACAUCAACUGGUAGCUUUGGGAGUAAUGUUGAAGUUGUUGGCAAUAGAAUUGAUUUACAGAGUGCAGAUAUCCCUUCUGUUCUACCAACAGAAAGUGCGGGUAUUGCUUUUCAAGAAAGUGCGGGUGACUUGAUGAAUCUCAUAAGCAAAAAAAUGGAGAAUACAAACAGGCAUUUACAUGGAAACUGGUUGGCAUACUGGGAACAUGAGAUUGGGCGACCUGAUAAAGAAACAAAUUUUAAUUUCAAGCAGAUAAAACUUCAGAGAUUCUCAGGACAUACAAGUAACAUCCGCACCAUACAAGUGUUAGACAAUGAAAAUAGUUUCCUUAGUGGAAGUCGUGACAAGACUGUGAAACUGUGGUCACUAAGAAGCCAGGGUGAUGGAACUGCUGUUUCCCCGUGUCGAUGGACUUAUACUGGUCACCGUAAGUGUGUACUGGCAGUGGCACUUAUAGAGUCACUACGGCUUGCUGCCUCGUGUGACUCAAUCAUCCACAUAUGGGACCCAUUUAUGGGAAGUGUAAUUGCUCAUAUGAACUCACCACGCUACCCACCCGUCAAUGUCCUUCAGGCUUUGCCACCACCAAGCCGUGUCCUGCUUGCGGCCACUACAGACACUACACUGCGGCUUGUUGAUGCACGAACCUGUUCUUUUGUCAAUGAAUUGAAGGUGUCACAGAGCGCAACAGGACUAAUAAGAUGCAUUGCUGUUGGGCCGGAAGGCACAUGGGUGGCUGUUGGACAGUCAUCAGGAUUCCUGUCUAUGCUAGACAUCCGCACAGGUGGCCUACUGGCCUCUUGGAAAGGUCAUGACUCAGAGAUACUGCAACUUAUAUCAGCAAAUGGUGGCAACUCCAUUGUGAGCUCUUCUCUUGACCAGGCAGUUUCUGUUUGGAGUGCUGUUGAUGGCAGGUUCUGCUUUCCUAUGAAAGGGCCUACAGAACCUGUUCACUGUCUUAUGAGCUAUGGAUCGGAACUGAUAUCAGGGACCACAGCUAGCCGAAUAGGAGUCCAUUCUGCUGUUGAUAUGGAUGCCUCAUACACUUCAACUCGGCUGCGAUCCGAUACCUUCAAAGGUGUUCUUACGUCCAUGGCUGUCCUUCCUCUCAACAGGCUGCUGCUCCUUGGCGCUGACUCAGGGAACAUAACACUGCUCUGUUGAACUGUAUGUCAGCAAUAUGGAAACGAAAAACAUUUCUUUGGAUCUCAUUUACAGAAACUUUAAUUAAUAAUAUGAUUGUAAACAUUCCAUUGCAUAUUGAAGCACACACAAAAAAAUAAUAAUUACUAUUAUUAUUUGUCCAAAUACAAGCUUAGGAUGAGAAUGUGCAGCUAUUAAUUGCCAUUGUCUUCAUCACUAAAAGUUUGUAAAGGUUUUUUUGUACUAAUAUAGUAUUCAUAGCAUAACGGCAGGAAGUUUAAAAGAUAAGAAAAACCAGUUACAUGACUGCUGAAUGAUUAUUGUAGGACUGCAUUUCCAGCAGCUGUGUAAGUUUGUUCCUGUGUAAACUAGUUGUCAGUUAUAUCUGAUUUAAAAUGAAAGCACAGCCCCAGUAUUUAUUUUAAGUGUUAUUAAUCAUACUUUAGUAUUAUUUUGAUAACCAAAGAGGCUUAAAAGGUGCAUGGGAAUGGAGUUAAAACUAUGAGGGUAAGUCAAUUAUUAUCUGCAAAGUAAUUACCGUAUUUACUCGAAUCUAAGCCGCACUCGAAUCUAAGCCACACCUGAAAAAUGAGACUCGAAAUAAAGGAAAAAAAAAAAUUUCCGGAAUCUAAGCCGCACCUGAAAUUUUAAACUCAAAAUUCAAGGAGAGAGAAAAGUUUUAGUCCGCACCUCAAAAUCGAAACAAAGUUGGUCCAUUGUAAUAUGAGACACAAUUUAGGUCAAAUGAAUGACGAACACCUACAGUAGUUUGGUUCGAGUUGUAAGCUUAGCAGUUAAGCUUUACCAGGUAGCCCUUGCUAUGCGUCAGGCACUCCGUCCGUAUUUAUACGGGUACCCUUCCUUUUUCACGUGCUUCGUCUGGUUUGAAUCGAUUGCUUAUUUUGCUUUGAUCUGAUAAGUGCCGUUUUCUUUGUUAUAGGUGUUUACGUCACUCUAAGCUGAAAAUGCAUUACUGUACUGUGUCAGGCAUUGUUUGUCGCAUUCUGAUAGUGUGUGUUUGCAGCCUUUCGCCGCUCGCGGCAUGGCUUGUUUUUGUGCGCGCUACCGCCGCUUACAAUUAAAAAAAAGUAGAGGAAUCGUCUCAUUAACGAAACAAUGGAAAGAGACUACUACUUGUUGUUACUUACACUGCUGCUUUCUUUGAUAAUGAUCAACAACAACCAAAUAAUAGAUUGCGUAUGAUAGAACAUGUUCUGAACGAGAGUUAGGCGAAAAUUUUUCUCCGUUUGAAAAUCUUUGCGGCCGCUUCUUUAGUACAUCAAAUUCUUCACAGAAAUUAGAGUCAUCUUAGAUUUAAAAAUCUAGUCAGUUGCCGUGCUUCAUUUCUGACUGUAUCACUAUUAGGCAUAAGAAUAAUACAAAUAUAAACAUGACACGAUACGUAUGUUCUUCCGUGUUUGCUGUUGUCUCACUCUAGUUUCAUAGUUUAUUAGGCAGACAGGAUUUAAAUGAGAUAGCAGCAAACAUGAAAGAAUACAUGGCAAAAUGUUUAUAUUCGUAUUAUUCUUAUGGUGAAGAGAAUACUGUAUGUGAUUCACAUUUCAUCAGGUUCCUAUUAGCAACCAUCUCUUCUCACAGGUAGGCAAAAAUUCAGAACGUAGAGUUGGCCAUAUUGACAAAUAUCCCAAACAGUCUUGCCAGUCGGAUUUUCGUAGUAUAUUGAAAUUCUGCUACAUUCAAAGAUGAACAAUACGGAAUUUGAAACUUCCUGGCAGAUUCUGAAUACGGAAUUUGUUUUUACUUUGUUGGAUAAUGUAUGAAAAUGCAGUGGUUGAAACUCGGGGCGGAGAAAAAAGCUCGUCUUCCACCUUUUUUUAUAUUUAUUUACUGACGCAGAGGUUUUGGCGCCAGUAUUUAUCUUUGUGCCUACAAAGCAUGCCUGUUUAGCGCUACAUAUAUUCGACGGCAGAAGUUAGUUGUGGCGGCACCUACCAACAUUUUUCAGAACUUCCGCUUGCUUUGCACUCGAUUCUAAGCCGCAGGCGGUUUUUUGGAUUACAAAAACCGGAAAAAAAGUGCGGCUUGGAUUCGAGUAAAUACAGUAUAAAAUUUUAUUGUAAUCAAAUGGGAAACUUACAAGAACAUAAUUUUUCAACACAGUCUCCUUGCGUUUCAACGCACUUGGUCCAUCAUUGUACAUGCUUCCUGAUGCCAUUAUAAAAGAAGGUUCUCGGUUGAGCUGUGAGCCAGGAAUGCACCACUUCUUUCACUGCUUUGUCCAAGGCAAAUUGAUGGCCCCUUAAUGCCUGUUUGAGUGGACCAAACAAGUGAUAGUCAGAAGGGGUAAGACCGGGACUAUAUGGAGGUUGAUCCAGUACUUCAAAUUUGAGUUUCUGGAGCUUUUCAGCAGUGUGGGCAGCAGUAUGUGGACAGGCAUUGUCAUGGAACAACACAACACCUUUUGACAGCAAUCCUCAGCCUUUGCUUUGAAUUGCAGGCUUUAGCCUGGUAGUAAGCAUCUCACUGUGAUGUACACUGUUUAUUGUUGUGCCCCUUUCCCCAUAAUGUUCCAGUACUGGACCUUUUGUGUCCCAAACACCGUAAGCAUCAGUUUUCCUGCGGAUGGUUGGGUCUUGAACUUUUUCUUACACGGCGAAUUUGAAUGUUUCCAUUACAUACUCUGCCAUUUACUCUCCGGCUGAUAAUAAUGGAUCCACGUUUUGUCACCAGUAAUGAUCCUGUCUAAGAAGUUGUCCCCUUUGUUACCAUAGUGAUCCAAAUGUUUUUGGUAGAUGUCCAAGCACAUUUGUUUAUGCAACUGUGUGAGUUGUUUUGGGACCCAUCUUGUACAAACUUUAUGAAACCUAAGUCUGUUGUGGAUGAUUUUGUAGGCAGAACCAUGACUAAUUUGCAGACAGUGUGCCACUUUGACAAUAGUUAAUCGUCUGUCUAAGAUAAUCAUUUCAUGUGAAUGCUCAAAGGUUUCUUCAUUUCUGGUGGUAAAUGGUCGUCCAGCUCCUUCAUCGUGCAUAACACUUGUGCGACCAUUUCAGAAUUUGUCAGUCCAUUCGUAGACACUCCGUUGUGGCAAAACACUGUUCCUGUACUAUACCAAAAGUCUUCGAUGAAUUUUGGCCCCUGAUUUGCCUUCUGAUCACAAAACAAUAGAUCACUGAAUGUUGCUCUUCUUUGGUGCAAAUAGACGACAGAGCAGUCAUGAUUAACAGCAUGGCAGCGUUAAUGAAACCAACCUAGCAGCUUGAAAAUUGCAAAGACAUGCAACAAAUAAACAAAGCAUGCAUCAUCAACGUAAAAUAACAGUACUGCCAAAAUAAACAAAAAUAUAACUAAAUUGCGAAUAAUAAUUGACUUACCUUCGUAGUUAUGUGCAAUGAAGCUUGUACAAAUUUCAGUUAAAAAUAAGUUUGGCAUGAAGAAAAGCCAUUAUUUAGUUGAUAAAUAUUAUGUGAGACUAACUGGAUAUUUUACCCCCAAAUAGUAACUCAUUUGCUCACAUUUUCUUAAGCAGGUGUAUUGUUCCCUGUAUCAGUUUUGUUCUGGUGCACUUACUCUGGCUUCUGUGAAAAAAUAUUCCCUACAACUCAUCAAAAAUGACCCAUUUAUUUUAUAUAAUUGUUUAAUGUUGUAAGUUGUACUUUCAGCACCAUUACUGUGUUAUUCUAAAAGAGGAAGAUAAAGAAAGGAGACAAUUCAUGUCACACAAUGAAUAUGUGUAUCUGAUUGUAAACUAUGCUCUCUAUGAUUAACUUACAAUAUGAAACAUUUCAAAUGUUUCUCUAUGAUUAACUUACAAUAUGAUACAUUUCAAAUGUUCUACAUGACACAAUAGCCACUCUUCCUUUUUUUUUUUAUUCAAUGUACAUGUGUCUUUUGCCCAUCUACAGCUCAAUUUGAAAGAUUUUGUAUUGAAUCUUAAUCUGAGGUGUAGACAUUAAUUUGGUUUCUUAUUGUGUAGUGUGCACAUCAGCAUUCAGACACACUCAAAGAAAGAAGGCACACAGUGCCAAAGCAUAAGAUGUCUGAGGGUGUUUUGUGGUACAAAUAUGCGAAAACUACUGGUCAGGGUCUCUCUCACAUAACAAAUACAUUAUUGUUUUUACAUUUCC